UGUAGUUCGCGGUAAUACCGUUAGGUGUCAGAUCUAUCGUUGAACAAGCGAAUUGACCUUAAUAACUGUUGUUAUUAUGUGAUGUUUUUAAUGUUCGUUUAUAAUUUGUGAUUAAGUUAAACUAUGUUUCGUUUUAUAUUGAAUAAAACUGAUGUGCUGUUCUGCAGAGGAAUGGCUUUGUAUUUGCUUCAAAAUAAACCUUUUCAAAUUGCUGUACUGAAUCAUAGAUGUUAUUCUGAUGAUAAAACAUCCACCAAAAAAUAUGAUGAAAGAGAAAAUUCUAUUUUAUAUACAAUAACAUCAGUAUUUUCAUUAAGUGUUGAUUCAUUAUCUUUUCUACAUCAGUUGCAAAAUUUGAAUAUGGCUAAGAUCAAAGAAUGGAGAAGAAAACAUUUGAGAAAGAAAGAAAUUGAAGAUCAAACCUUUAUACCAGAAAGAUUUCAAAUACUUGGUUCUGAUCUUGCUGCAGCACAUUUUAUUGUACAUCGAGGAGGGUCAGUGAGAUUUAAAGAUCAGAAAAAUUGGAUUAGAAAAGACAAAAAUGGAAAUUAUUUUCUCCCUUCUAAAUUUGUUUCUAACUUAUAUUUAGAAGAAAUUGAUGCUUCUGGAACAGGAUUAAUAUAUGAAGGUUUCAGCAAUUUAGGAAAACCUUCCUCAUUGUAUGAUGAGUCAUCACCAGACUGGGUGCCAACAUUAUACAUGGGGUAUGAGAGUGACCACAACUUAACUGCAAAUCAGGAGCGUUAUGAAAGAGCACGUAAUCGCAAGAUACAACGAGUGGCCUUAGAAGCUGAAACUCCUAAGGCAGCUGAAGCUUGCACCCAACCUCCUACUGUUAAAGAUGCAGAGAUCUCAACAACUGCAGAAAUGGAAGAAGCAGAGCCUUUAAAAUCUAAUGCAUGGGUACAAACUACAUCUGUAGUUGAAACGUCACUUGUCAGACUGAAUUUAAAGCUAAAGAUAUAUAAAGCUUGCAACUUGAGUGUGCAAACUUGA